GCACGCAUAGGAAGUCAGCUACACACACACGUGAAAAAAUUCACCCAAAACAGACAGCUUCAACACAACAUGGAUAUCACCGAGGUUCCCGUGAGUCAAGACAACAAAGGCAAGAAAAAGAAGAAUAAAAAGCCAAAGAAGAAGAGUGUGAGUCAGGAGGGAGACGGAGGAGAGGAGACGAAGGAGGUGAAGAUGGAGCAGAGCGAGCCUGCCUUCCCCCCCACCUUCAGUGUGUCCGAAAUCAAGAAUAAACAGCGAAGACACCUCAUGUUCAUGAAACUCAAGCAGGAGAAAAGAAAGCAAAAGAUGCAGCUGAAGAAAAAGAAGAAAAAAGAAAGGGAAGCGUUGGGUGAUAAGGCACCGCCCAAAGAGGUCCCAAAGACGAUAGAAAACCAGAGGGUGUACGACGAGACAACGGUUGACCCACAAGAUGAAGAGAUUGCAUUUGACGAGGCAACUGAUGAGUUUUCCGCCUACUUCAACGGAUUGACAAACCCCAAAGUGCUCAUCACAACGUCAGACAGACCAAGAGGGAGAACGGUGAGGUUUUGUGAGCAGCUGGCCACAGUGAUCCCAAACGCCCACGUGUACUACAGAAGAGGUUUGGCCCUGAAGAGGGUCAUCCCGCAGUGCGUCGCCAGGGACUUCACCUACCUCAUGGUCAUCAACGAGGAUCGCAAAGUGCCCAAUGGUUUGGUUCUCUGUCAUCUUCCUGACGGUCCGACUGCACACUUCAAGGUCAGCAGUGUUCGACUACGCAAGGAGAUGAAGAGACGAGGCAAAGAUCCAACUGAACACUCUCCGGAGGUGAUCCUCAACAACUUCACCACACGUCUGGGCCACAGCAUCGGCCGGCUGCUGGCCGCCCUCUUUCCACAGGACCCUCAGUUUGUGGGUCGACAGGUCGCCACCUUCCACAACCAGAGAGACUUCAUCUUUUUCAGAUUCCACAGAUACAUCUUCAAGAAUGAGAAGAAAGUUGGUAUUCAAGAGCUCGGACCUCGCUUCACCCUCAAACUGCGCUCUCUACAGAAAGGAACCUUUGACUCGAAGUUUGGGGAGUACGAGUGGGUCCUGAAGCGUCAUGAGAUGGAUGCCUGCAGACGGAAGUUCCAGCUCUGAAGCAAAAAUAACAGCAAGCUUAUGUUGUCA